AAAAAAAUAUUUAAGGUGCAGGCAUUUUACAUAUCGCGGAGCUUACGACGAUCACUCGUUUUACUUUUCAAGCCUAUUUUUUCCCUUGAUCAUUUUUUUCUCUCUCUCUCAACCUUUCCUUGCCUUUUUUUGACACAAAAUUUAUAUAUCCCAUAUAAAACCCUAGCCAUGGUGGUAAAGCUACCAGCGGCUGCCCCGCGAUUGAUGCUAACCAUGUUCACACACAACCGCUGCCAGCUGUGCGUUAAUGCCAAGGAGGCACUAGAGAAAGUACGGCAACAGGUGCCGUUCAACAUCACCGAGGUGGACAUAAAGAAACCCGAGAAUAGCAAAUGGUUUGAGGAGUACAAGUACGAUGUGCCGGUGAUCCACGCCAACGACGAGUUCCUGCUGUGGCAUCGCGUCAAUGUAGAAGACACAGUUUCCAAGCUCCAAAAUAUUCUCAAAUCUGGUGGAAAAGAGUAGAAACUCAUCCCUUAGAUAUCAAUACAUAAAAC